AUGGUAGAGACAGAUUCGAACAUGGCAUCAGCCAAAAAAUCAACAGCAGCACCUAAUCCACUAUUAAAGACAUAUGGUGAACGGCCUGCUCCGUUUCAAUUUCCUGAUAGUCAGGAGAAAAUGUAUAUUGGAUCUGAAGUCGGUAAUUAUCUACGGUUAUUCCGCGGAACACUGUACAAGAAGUAUCCAUCGCUAUGGCGUCGAAUGAUAACAUUAGAAGAGCGUAAAUGGCUAAUUGAAUUAGGUUGUUCAGAAUCAUCAUUACCAACAAACUUAACGUUAUUACGCGCAAAUGAAGUUGAUGAGAUUUUAAAUGGUGACGACGAAAAAUACCGUGCUCUAACUUUAAAUAGUGAAUCGUCGUCAGCACGAGCUGAUAAAUCGAAACGUUCAACAUGGUUACCAACAUUCCCAACCAAUUCGCAUCAUCUCGAUGCUGUGCCUGCUGCAACACCUAUCAAUCGAAAUCGAACAUCAACAAAAAAGAAAAUAUUUCCUUUAUGUUUUGAUUAUACAGACACAGCUUCUGCUUUGGAAAAUUCUCAACAAUCAGAAGAUCUUGUCCCUAUUCGACUUGACAUGGAAAUCGAAGGGCAAAAGUUACGCGAUACAUUUACAUGGAAUAAGAACGAACAAUUGAUCACGCCAGAAUUGUUUGCGGAGAUCCUUUGCGAUGAUUUAGAUCUGAAUACAGUGGCGUUUGUACCUGCCAUAGCACAAGCUAUUCGUCAACAACUUGAAUCGCACCAUAAUGACUUUCUCGAAGAUAAUAGCGACCAAAGGAUUACAAUUAAAUUGAAUAUCCAUGUGGGAAAUGUCAGUUUAGUUGAUCAAUUCGAAUGGGAUAUGUCGGAUAAACACAAUAGUCCUGAAGAAUUCGCUCGUGUAUUAGCAUCCGAAUUAGGACUUGGCGGUGAAUUCGUUACUGCAAUAGCUUACAGUAUUCGCGGUCAACUUAGUUGGCAUCACAAAACUUUCUCCUAUAGUGAAACGCCAAUGCCAACUGUUGAUGUUGCUACGCGAACAAAUCAUGAUGCUGAGCAAUAUUGUCCAUUUCUGGAAACGCUUACGGAUGCGGAAAUGGAUAAGAAGAUUCGUGACCAAGAUCGGAACACAAGACGUAUUCGUCGUUUGGCAAAUACUGGUUCAGCUUGGUAG